UAUAAAAUGCGACGUCGAGCAGAAAACAAAUAUUGAAACAGAGAAAGAAGCGACCACCAUGAAAAUGUCAAACGAAAUAAUAUAUGCGCAAAGCGGCACCAGUAUGUAUAAAUAAGCUCAGAAUGUUAAUAUGUAAUGAAAAGCCGUGCGCACAAUCAGCAAAAAAUUCGUUUUGGCGUGUUGGCGCGCGCCAAGACGAAGUAUAAUGUUUUGUUUUGUCGCGUUUGCGUAGUAUCGUCCUGGCAUGCGCGUCAAUGCGAGACAAUAAAACAUUUUAUUUCGUCUUUGCGCGGGCGCUAACAUGCCAAAACGAAAUCUUUGUCAAUAGCGCACACACCAUCACGAAACCUCGACACAACUAAUGUAGAUUGUAGAUAAACCUAUACCUGAAACAUAAUACCAAAAAAACGCGUAUAGGUCUAUCGAUGGCAUACGCUAGUCUGUGGAGGUUUUUUUUAUAUUUCAGGUAUUGGUGUAACUAUGAUGAACAGUCAGUUGUCUCGUGGAGGUUUGAUGUCAUAUUUCCGGUAUAGGUGUAUUACGUACAUUAGUUGUGUAGCUCCUAUAAGUGUUAUAUUUCAGGUAUAGGUGUAUGACGUACAUUAGUUGUGUAGCUCCUAUUGGUGUUAUAUUUCAGGUAUAGGUGUAUGACGUACAUUAGUUGUGAAGCGGCUAUUGCUGUUAUAUUUCAAAUAUAGGUGUAUGACGUACGUUAGUUGUGUAGCUCCUAUUGGUGUUAUAUUUCAGAUAUAGGUGUAUGACGUACAUUAGUUGUGAAGCGGCUAUUGCUGUUAUAUUUCAGGUAUAGGUGUAUGACGUACAUUAGUUGUGUAGCUCCUAUUGGGGUUAUAUUUCAGGUAUAUGUGUAUGACGUACAUUAGUUGUGUAGCGGCUAUUGUUGUUAUAUUUCAAAUGUAGGUGUAUGACGUACAUUAGCUGUGUAGCGGCUAUUGCUGUUAUAUUUCAAAUAUAGGUGUAUGACGUACAUUAGUUGUGUAGCUCCUAUUGGGGUUAUAUUUCAGGUAUAGGUAUAAGACGUACACUAGUUGUUUAGCGGCUAUUGCUGUUAUAUUUCAGAUAUACGUGUAUGACGUACAUUAGUUGUGUAGCGGCUAUUGCUGUUAUAUUUCAGGUAUUGGUGUAUGACGUACAUGAGUAGUGUACAUGUAGCUCCUAUUGGUGUUAUAUUUCAGGUAUAGGUGUAUGACGUACAUUAUUUGUGUAGCGGCUAUUGCUGUUAUAUUUCAGGUAUAGGUGUAUCUAUGACGUACAUCAGCUGUGUCGUGGCUAUUGGUCGAGAAUUUUCUGGAUCACAGAGGACGUUAUGCUUAGCGAUACUGAACUCGUCUCAUGUUGUUGCUUCCAUAGCUUAUCCAUAUUGUCUAGAAUGGUUAACAGAACAAUAUGGCCUUACGGGCACGUUUCUUAUUCUAGGUGGAUUCACUUUCAACGCAAUGGUUUUCUUUGCAAUAUGUUUGGUUAAUCGAGAUAAAUGCAAAAAUAACAAAACAUCUGUUUGUUACGACGCUGAGAAUGGUCACAAUGUUCAGUUUGAUAAAACGAAAACCUCACUCAGACGCAGGGUCUCCAACGUAUUUUUCAAAUCAAAGAAAUAUUUGUCAACGCCCUAUCUAUUCAUACUUGUUGCAGCUGGAAUUUUACUCAGUUCUUUAGAUGGAUAUUUAGCCGUGAUGUUUGACAUUGCAUUAUGGAAACAAAUUGACUCUUCACGUGCACUGUUGUCCUUUGUGAUAUUUUCCAGCUUUUCUGCUGUUUCGUGUCUUGUUCCUGGGCUGUUAAAACAAAUAAAAGGCAUAAAUUCCUGUAUUUAUCCUAUUUUCGCAUCCCUAGCUGGAGGUAUAGGUCAGCUGAUUGUAUAUUUUUCAAAUAAUUAUAUUACUUACAUGACCGGAACUUCUCUGAUUGGUGUUGCAUAUGGUGGAAUAGUGUCUUCUUCAAUGAAUGCAGUUGUGAAAAUUGUAGAGUUAGAAUUUGUUCCUGUGGCUACCGGAUUACUUCUUACUGUCGAAGGAUUGCUUGCAAUAGGUAGCGGACCUUUGUUCGGUUGGUUAAGGGACACAACUGGUUCAUAUGGGAGUGUUCUCAUGGCAAUCAUGGCUGUACAUUGGCUCUCUCUUGUCCUGUACAUGUUAGCGUGGAUAUUUCGAACACAUGAGAAAAAUAAACAUAAAACACCUGAAACUGUAUAUGGAGAAAGUCCAGGAACUCCAGAACGAAACGAAAACGACGAUCUGGUGUUUUGAGUGCCAAAAAAAUCAUAGUGAAACAAACUUUUAUUCACUUGUAUUCCAUAAUUUAAAGUAAAAUUUAAUUACUUUAAUAUUAAAUAUGACAGAUUUUAUUUUUAUAUGAUUAUAAAAUGUGUAGAAAUCCUUUGCUCUCCUAGAAAAAAAACGCUACAUUACUGCAGUCAUGGUCACUUUCAAAAACGAAAAAUAUAUAACUAAACGUACUAUUUAAC